GUGUGUGAAGACCCGCGGACUCCCUGCGCUCAAAUCACGCACUUUCUCAGGAGAUGACUGUAGUAUAGAUUAAGUUUUUAAUCCCACUGGAGAUGUAUCAAAAAGACAUUCGCUAAACUUUCUUGUUUAGGUUACACUCGGAGACAGACCUCUGAAAAUGACCGCUGUUUUGUGUAUGUGGACCUGAGAGGGAAAAGUAGAAGAGAAUUCGGAUACAGCUUGCAGGUGCCCCGAAGAUUUGGAUCUAGAUUCCUCUCCAGUGGAAUAAACCAUCACAGAGCAGGUGGUUCAUUCUCUAGUAGUAUAAACCCAUCCUGAAAUCACACAGCUGGCUGUUUAUUCUCCCUGCCCAGAAUAAGACUUUUUUGGUGUACAUAGACAAGGCUCAAAUCAGUUGCUGAAGUCCUUUGUAUUCAUGUUUUUCAGUAUAUUUCCAAGUUUCUAAUUCUGUAUGUUAAAGAUGGCUUGGUGGAGGCAUGUUGCAAAAUUCCAUGUAGGAAGUAACUCCCCACAUUCUAGCCAUCGCUGAAUAAUGUAGCUGACUUGUCCUUUGGGGAUUUGUGGCCUGGAAUUAUAAGAAAUAAGCCAGUGCACUGGAAAGUUUUUUUUGCCAGUGUCUGUAAUAUGGGUGAUAGUCUGCUGAUGAGCAUCACAGGGGUUUUGUAUCUGGUUUUCUCAGUCGGUACCUUGCCUCCUUGUCCCAAUGACUGCAAGUGCACAGAGAGGAACCAGCUCAAGAUGGUCCACUGUGUAUCCCGUAAUCUCAACCAAAUUCCAACGGAUAUUCCAGAGGACACUGUGUCUCUCCAGCUAGCUUCCAAUCGUAUCACCUAUAUCCCCAGCCAGGCCUUCAAGGGGCUACACCUUCUCCAGGAGUUGGACAUCUCCAACAACGCCAUCGAGGCGGUGGAGGAAGGAGCCUUCCAGGGCAUCUCGGAGGGCCUACGGGUCUUAGACUUAUCCAACAACUUGUUGCAGAGAGUCCCGAGGGAGACGUUUGCUAGGCUACAUGCUAGGAUCAGCCUGGCGGGAAACCCCUGGCACUGUGAGUGCGCCCUCCAGGAGGUUCUGAGGGAGCUGCAGCUGAACCCUGAUACGGUGAACAAGGUGAACUGCCACACAGCUGUGAGGGAGGAGUACGUCGACAAGCCCAUUAUACAGGUGCUUGACUCAGGUGUCAACCUCUGCAGCUUCCAGCGCAAGACCACUGAUGUGGCCAUGCUCGUCACCAUGUUUGGCUGGUUCAUCAUGGUGAUAGCCUACGUGGUGUACUACAUGCGACAGAACCAGGAGGGUACCCGCAGGCAUCUGGAGUACCUCAGAGCCCUACCCAGCAGCCCCAGAGAGAGAAAAGAUACAGACACUAUCAGCACAGUUCUAUAGCACCAUUUCUGAAUCCUCUACAGCUGGCGACUUCCUCAAGGUCUUCAUAAAUAAGUGUCAGACAUCCAUAACAAAACAACAUUAGGGAAUAUUGGAAUUGUAUUUUUUGUGUCAAAGGCUGCAUUUAUAACAGGUUCCUACAGCAGAAUGGGAAUUUAGUUACACUCACCAUCCACUUUAUUAGAAGCAUAUACAAUGCACCAAACUCGUUUGCACUUUUAUUAGGUACACUUAUCUGCCUUAUAAAUGUAUUUUAUAGAUGAACAAUUAUAGUCUGUAAUCGAUAUGUUGAAAGGUAUAAUUCGUCAGCUACUCUUUACCCUGUUCAUCCCUUGUCAGUUUUCAACCAGACAACCAUCACUGACAGAAUAUUUUCCUAGCUUGAGGCUAACUCAAACUGGCAACAGAUAUGUAAUGGUCUCUGAUUGUACACCUACAUUAUGUUUCUGACAUGUAAAUGUUUCUAAUAAAGUGGGUGGCGAAUCUGUGUGUGUAUUAGUUAUGCUAUGGGUGUUCCA